UUACAGGAUCUACAAGACGUCAAUGAUGUCACUGAUGUCCUGUGUUAUACUUAUCACAAUGCAGCGAGAAGUGGCAAUGAAACGAUUACCAUUGACGUGAGAGAUGUCCCAAAAGCUAACACAGGAUGGCGAAAAGCGAAAUUCUUGCGCUUCACAUUCCUUAAGAUGCCCUUGACACUGGGGAUACGGGGAGACAACUAUCAACAUUAUUCUGUACGGGAAAUUGAGAUCAAGGCAGAAUGUGUCUGCAAUGGCCACCAGCAGGACUGUAUUAAGAGUAACUCUAGUGGACAAUUUGAGUGCCUCUGUUCCCACUUUACAACAGGGGCCAACUGCGAGAUGUGUCUCCCUGGCUACAAUCAGCAGGCUUUCCAAUAUGAGAAUCCAUGUGAACCGUGCAACUGUUUUGGUCACUCUACAGUUUGUGAAUACAACGCAACAGUUGAUUUUAUGAAUAGGAGUAUGAACACACUGAACCAGAUGGAUGGCGGAGGAGUCUGUGUGAACUGUAGUAGUAACACAACAGGUAUAAAUUGCCAUAAAUGUGUGGAUUUCUCCUAUCGCCCACUGGACCGUAGUCAAACGGAUCCUGACCCCUGCGUCCCCUGUGACUGUCACGGGCCUGGGGUGAGGCUCAACCUGGAGACGCAGCUUGUGGGAGAUUGUGUCAUGAAUAAUGAUACUACACUACCAUUUGGAAUGGUGCCUGGGGACUGUUUCUGCAAGUCUAAUGUAACAGGCAACAAGUGUGAUGUAUGCAAACCUGGUAGCUUCAACUUGUCUCUGUCCAACCCUGUAGGUUGUCAAGACUGUUUGUGUGAUCUCCGUGGUACUAUAGAUGGCAGUAAUAUCUGUGGUAGUGACACAAUGGGCCAGUGUCCAUGCAAGACAUACACGAUCAACAGACAGUGUGAUGAAUGCCAGGACAAGUAUUAUGGGAUGGAGGCUAAUAACACUGAAGGCUGUAUUCCAUGUGAUUGUGACAUAGGUGGCUCCACUAGUCUUGUAUGUGACAAAAUCUCUGGACAGUGUCCUUGUCGGCAGAAUAUUGGUGGGAGACAAUGUGACACUCCAUUACCAGGCUUCUACUACCCUGACCCACAUUUUUACCAUGCUGAGUUUGAAGACCUUAACAAAGACUGGGAUAGGACCAUACCAGGUUAUAAUGGCUUCGGAUAUGCCGUCACAUCAGUCAAUUUUACUGCGGGAACACGGUUGGUGACGUCUAACAUCCAGAAGUUUGGGGUAGAAUAUAACAUCAUCCUGCGCUACCACACAACAGAGCCUAAUGCAGAGCUCACUGUGGAAAUAAGAGGAUCUCCUUUGUUAGUUGAAGUAACAGAGACAGUGCCCAUAUGCCCCACACCCUGGUGCCACCUGGUGGUCGGCCAAGAUAAUAACAUAUUCAACCUGCCCUCUGAGAUAUAUACCAUCUCUGUGACAUCACAACAAAAUGUCUUCCUGGAUAGAGUUAUAGCUCUACCAUUGUCAUUGAAAGGCACACAGAAUCUUCUAAACAUGACAUUGCCUGUAUUUGACCCUCCUUGUCGACUGGUCACCAAUGAUAUGAGACUGGGCACCUCAGAUGAAAGUCUCUGUUUGAGGUCCAUGUUCUCUGUGAUGUCCUAUUAUCUCGAUGGCUCCCUGUCAUGUGCCUGUAAUCUCCUAGGCUCCUAUAACAACACAUGUGACACAUAUAUGGGCCAAUGCCAUUGCAAACCUGGAGUGAUGGGCCGCAAAUGUGACCAAUGCAUGCUGGAAUACUAUGACCUCUCUUCCACUGGUUGCAAACCUUGUAACUGUUCUGGUGAUGAUAAGAUAUGUGACUUUACUUCUGGUCAAUGCAAGUGUCCACCCAACACAGAGGGCAGGCAGUGUGACCAAUGUAUAGCCAACCAUUGGAGCUGGAACAGCACUGUAGGUUGCCAGGAUUGCGCCUGCAAUAUGACUGGUUCUCUCAAUCUGCAGUGUAACCUUACUGCGGGGUUCUGCGAUUGUAAAUCAGGGGUAAAUGGUGACAAAUGUGAUAGAUGCAUGGAUACAUACAGGGAUUUCUCUGCCAUAGGGUGCACUGGAUGCAAUUGUGACAUGGAAGGCAGUCUUAGUGCUGUUUGUGAUACAGAGCAAGGACAAUGCCCUUGCAAGAACUUCACCAACGGCUUGCUCUGUGACACUUGCAGUAUGGGAAGCUUCUAUCUCAAUGGGGGACAUUGGACAGGUUGCUUGGAGUGUAUAUGUAUGGGGGUCACCAACGUUUGUACUAGCACUAUAUACAAUUAUGGCCAGGAGAACCUUCCCUUACUGGACAGUAGCAGUCCCAACAUUUCCUACCUGCUCUCUCCAUUCAGCAUGUUGAACAGUGAAUUCCAGCUCAUGCCUGAAAUUGAUGUUAGCACUGUCAUUGUCAAUGGUCUGUCCAUGGCCCAAGUCCUCAAUGAUGGCACCAUGGACUUGUACUUUCUGCAUGAUCAACUACAAGGAAAUAUGCUGGGUACAUAUGAAAGCACAAUCAGUUAUAAAGUCCACUUUGAGGGCAUUACACCAGAUGGCGAUACCCUAGAGGGACUAAAGGUGUUUCUAAUAGGUCAUGAUGAUGUUACGCUCGUGUAUCAGCUUCCACCUGUGACCCAGAAUAUGACAACAACCAUUGAUCUAGUCAUGUUGGAGACCUAUUGGUUGAAGCUAUCGACCAAUGAGAAUGUGACACGUGGCGAGUUCCUAUUGACUGUCCAUGAUGUAAAGAACAUUUAUCUGCCAAUCACCAUUUAUAGCAAAUCGCAUUAUUCAAGAGUUGGGGAAAUUAUUGUCACCAGUGCUGGUCUUGAGGCCUCAGGCAAAGUUGCCUUGGGGGUAGAGCAAUGUACAUGUGGGGAUGGGUACACUGGUCUUUCUUGUGAGAGAUGUGCCAGUGGGUUCAAUAGAGUGAAUGUUACAUCACAUGACUACCUUGGUCUAUGUGUACGAUGUAACUGCCAUCGUCAUGCUUCCCUAUGUGAUGCUGAUACAGGUCAUUGCCUUGACUGUCAACACAAUACUACAGGGUUCAAUUGUGAGCAGUGCAUGCUGGGAUGGUAUGGUGAUGCUACCCAAGGUACCCCAGAUGAUGAUUGCACUGUGUGUCCAUGUCAUGCUCCACGUGUCUCCAACACAAGCUGUAUAGAGAAUGGCACAGUACAGUGUCUCCAUUGUAACCCAGGAUACACAGGGGACAAAUGUGACAGUUGUGAUACAUUCUACUGGGGAGAUCCACAUGUGCUUGACACUGGUACAUGUACACAAUGUAACUGUAGUGGGAACACCAAUGACUGUAAUUCUACAACAGGAGAGUGUUUGAACUGUGCACAUAAUACUACUGGCUUCUACUGUGAACAUUGUGAGGAUGGAACCUUUGGCAAUGCAGCCACACAGCAUUGUAAUGCAUGUGACUGCGAUAUGAGGGGCACAAACAAUAGUGUAUGUAACAGGACCUCAGGGCAGUGUGAAUGCUACCCAGGUGUGACCAACCCCACAUGCAACCAAUGUAUGGUUGACUACUGGGGCUACAGCAACACAUCAUUCCUUGGAUGCAUUGACUGUGAAUGUAAUGUGUUUGGUAGUGAAACUACACAAUGCAUCCAAGACACAGGAGUCUGUAUUUGCAAGCCUAAUGUGGAAAAUGUGGAGAAGUGUGAUCUUUGCACAACUGGAUUCUUUGGUUUACCCACACAGGAGUGUCAAGAGUGCUCAUGUAACGAGACUGGUACAUUAGGGCAUGAUCCAUGCGAGCCAAUCACAGGCCAGUGUAAGUGUAAACCAGGGGUUGAUGGGAGAAAUUGCGACCAAUGCCAGAGACUUUAUUUCGAUUUCACAGACGCAGGAUGUAGACAAUGUGGGAGAUGCCAAUAUGGAUUAGGAAAUGAUACUCAGCUCCUGAAGGAUAUCUGGAUGGAAUAUUGGAAUGUUAGUCAACACCUGGGACAGAUACAAGACAAUGACAGAGAUCUACAAAACCUAACCAAGGUGCUGAAUAAUACUUUGGGAGGAUUUGGUGUCACUGAGGAUGCACUUGAUGUGCUCAGUGUGAGCACAGAAUCACUGAAAGCUAUAGAGCCAGUGCUACAACAGAAUCUUACAGAUCUUCUAACCAAGCUCAAUUCAACAGUGGAUAAUACAGAUCAACUCCAGAGGGAUACGGAGGCUGAAUUGAUGCGGAUACAGCAGCUUGAGACAAAUGCAAAUCUAUCAGUUCAGAUAGCAAAGGAAGAGAAUACAACAGCUCACCUUUUAGUAGAGCAACUCACCAUGUAUAACACCACAGUCCAAGGCCUACUUGAUGUAACUGAUAUUAUAUACGUACACAUGGACAAUACAUUCUCUGAUGAGAUUGGACGUAUACAAGCAGAGACCCCCCUCAUGAAUACUUUAGCUGUUGAUGUGGCGAUAAUGCGCAAUAAAACAAAUGACCAGGCAACACAAUUUGAAGAAAUGCGAGAGAGUUGUCUUGCUGCAGAGGCUGAAUUUCAACAAUUGCUCCUCCAGGGGGAGACACUUCUAGGACGCACAGGAGAUGUAGAGUCAACGGUUCAGAGAAUAGAUCUACUAAUCACUGAGGGGAUGGGCCACAAAAACUACACAGAUAGCUUGGUAGGGGAGAUAGAAUCAAGUCAGAGCAUGGCGACUACUACCCUUGCGUUGAGUGAGACCAGCUUUAAUGAAGGGGCCCAAGCAUUCAAGGACACGGACACUAUAUUGUAUGGGGGUAUCCUAGUUGGAUUGUUACCUCUCAACUCAAAUGUAUAUGCCCAAGGUAUAUACAGUUGGGCAGAAGGAUCUGUAGAGCUAGAUAAUGCCAUAGCGUCUAAUCAGGAAUACAACACAUCAAGUGUUACUCAGGCAGAGGUGUACGCAAGUGAACUCACUGGAGCUGCUAAUGAUCUAGCAUUUGAAUUUGACAAAGUGAAACCAAGAGGAGAGAGAGCAGUUGCAGCGAUUAAUACAUAUGAAACUACAACUGCAACCCUGAAUCAGUCCCUAGCUCUAGCAACAUUAGCCAAUGAAACAGUGUUCUCAGCUUUGGAGUCUCUAAAGGAUGUUACAUCAGAUAGUCUCAAUGCUUUGGCUGUCACCAGUAAAGAUGACAGCGCACAAAUCUCACUAUUGGUUGAAAACACUAAUCUGGAUUCACAAGAGUUGGGCAACCAAGUGGACAAUGCCAGAGGAGAAAUGGAUGCUGCAGUCCAGAAAUGGAGUGAUAUUGACAACGAUAUUGCUGCCUUUGAUCAGAAGGCAUUAGACCUCAUCGCAGUGGUGAAUGGCAACCAAGUCAUGACCAAAGUAGGUGAAGGAAAAGCUGAUGCAACUUUAGCUGACAACACUGCCAUGACAACACUAGCGCAAGAUGCAGCACUGACAGAUGCCAUGAACAGUCAGGAAAACACUGUUGCUGUAAUUCAGGGCACUGUGAAGAAUGCAUCUGUGUUAAUGUCAGACACAGUAAAUCAAUUGGAUGCCUUUACAUCAGAUUUAAAUAAUGUGGUGCAGCGGCAAAUUGAUAUCACCCAGGGUGUUCAGGCAGAAAUCAACCAAUCACGAAUUGAUAUAGAAAGCAAGAUGGCUACUCUUGAGGACAAACUCCGACGGGCAAAGGAGAUUGCGGCUCUCCUUGAACAACCAGUAAGAAUGGUUGGAGAUUCUGCGACUGCAGUGGAGGUAACAUCCCAGGAUGCAUCACCAGUUAAAGGACUUUACAAUGAACUUUCUAUCGAUUUCCGAACAACUGAUCCAAGCCAGGACCAACUUUUGUUCUUUUUUGAGGAAACAACCAGUGAAAAGAUGUUCUCGGUAGAGGUACUUGGUGGGCAAGUUGUGUUUACAUUCAACCUUGGCUCCGAGAAAGUCAGUAUGGUUAACUUGGCCAAUUUAUGCCAGGAUUGCUGGUUCACAAUUCUAGCCUCACGUUAUGGUAACACAGGCCACUUAACAGUUACAAAGACAGAGACAGGUGGCACAGCAACUGUAUAUAAUGACGGCCUCUCCCCUGAGAAACAACUCAACUUUGAUUCACUUCUGCACAUCGGAGGACUCCCCACUAACUACACAACAAACAAAGUGAGCAGUGGCAACUUCCAAGGUUGUCUCUACAAUGUCAGAUUUGAUAACCAACCUAUACAGAUAUGGCAAGAUCAAAUAGAGCAAGGUCGUGCUGGUUGCUGUGCCCGUCCCCCUGCCAACACCCCUGUUACCCUGACAACAGGUGUCAGCUUUGAUGGAUUCGGCUACAUGAAAAUCAAUCCAUUUAAUUUUGCUGUGAUUUAUCAAUCAACGUUCACGCUACAUUUCCGUACGUUCAACAAGUAUGCAGUGAUUCUAUUGGCUAAUAAACAAGGAAUAGCUGAGUAUUAUGGGCUGUAUAUAAGGGAUGGUUCACUGGAGUUUGAGUAUGGGACAUCAGCCAAUCACAACACAAUCACUCUGACACACCCAGUGAAUGAUGGAACAUGGUACAAGGUAACUGUAUUCAUCACCUCUGGUGCCCAGAGUAUGACCCUGAUGCAAGUGCCCCCUAUUGGUGCAAUGUUGCAAAUAGAGGAGUCUAGUGUUACCUUGCCAUUCAUUGAUUUGACUGCCCUGAUAAAUGCUGAGGUUGUGAUUGGUGGUUAUAAUCCAGAUGUAAACACUGGUAAGGAUCUUCUAUCAAUGGGUUUUGCUGGCUGUAUACGCAACUUUGAGCACAGCUUGGGCAGUGAGAUGGUGCUGACAUCACAUGACCUGAAAGACAGUGGCCUUGAGAUGAAGGGUGUCUCCACUACAGGGUGUCUCCCAGAGGUGGUUGCUGGACUUGGGUUCAGCGCAACAGACUCAUACAGUGAACUCCAAAUGCCUCAGUUCUCCAUGAUAACUACCAGCAGUAUUUCUAUAACAUUCUCUACAAUGCAAUCCAAUAGCAUGAUGUUGUUUGCCAGAGAGAAAGACAAUCAAGACUAUCUGAUGUCUAUUGGCCUGUACCAUGGCAACUUGUUUUUUGAGUAUAACCGUGGUGGCCAAUCACUGCAAGGUCCCUUUAUGACAUCAGGGAUGUAUCUUAGCAACGGGUUGAAACAUACUGCAAAAGUAGAUGUCUCAUCGGAGAACCCUAAAGUGACCAUAGAUAAUGUAACAAUCGUUGGAGAUCAGGUUUUGAACCCUCCCAUAUUUAACUUUGUGGACCCCUACCUGUUCCUUGGGGGUACAUCCCAUGAUAUCCAACUUCCACAAGGUCUCCCUCUCAACCAGAGUAUGGUUGGGGCCAUCACUGAAGUCUGGAUUAACAACAAGCCACUAGAUUUGUACCAUCCUAACACAUAUGUCUCUCAAUCAGCCAGUUAUCUUAGUGGCUUAACCCCAUUCCCAGAGGCCCUAGCCCCCUUACCCUACACAACUACUCUCCCUCCCCCCACAACCCCUCCCCCAACAUGCGCCUCCAUUGGACAAGGCAGUUUCUUGGAGGAAGGGACCAGGUUUGGAGACCAUGCUCAAAGUUAUAUGAUGUUUAAUGUUAGUGGCCUUGGUGCUUACUUUAGUCAAGAGUUUUUAAUAUCAAUAGAGUUCCGUGCUCUGAACCCGAAUGGUAUCAUCUUCUACACGGCAGAUAAAGUACAGAGUCCGGUUUUCUGGAUGGCCCUCUAUUUGAGCAACAAGAAACUAUCAUUCAUCAUUGCGACUGACUCGGAUAGGACGGAACUUAAGCUUGAAAAUGACUACGAUGAUGGUAAUGUACAUAUGGUGAAUGUCCUGAGAGUGAACAACUUCAUUGCUUUCCUGACUGUCGGAGAGAAAGAUUACAUAAAUAACGACGAGUCCUCUGGGCCUGCAUCCUUCUUUAGUAUUGGCUCAGAGUUUUAUUUCGGGGGUGUAGACACAACCAAAUAUGGAACGACAGAAAGAUUAUUCACAGAAGUAAUAAUCACUCAGACGGCGAUAAAACCACUAUCAUUCCCAGGGUGCAUCAGUGCAGGUUUACUUUCCACAUCCAAGUUGCCUGAUUAUUUAUGGGAUUUAUCUGCCCCUGACAGCCUCGAUGGUGUCAAUACAAGCAACACCCCUCGUCAGCCUUCAAGCUGGAGGGGGGUUGGCAAGUGUAGCAGGGAUAUCAACCCUGGCGUUGGACUCAUCGGAGAUGGAUCAUACCUGCGCUUAGAGUACACUAAAUCCAUAAACAUCAAUAUUACGCUGACAUUCAGAAGCACAAUGCGGAAUGCCACUUUGUACACGAUGCAUUUGUCCCAUACAGUUUUCAUCCAAAUAAGGCUUGUCGAUGGUCACGUUGUAGUAGCUGUUGGGAACAUUUUGUCGAGCGAUACUCCAUUUAUCGCAGAAUCAAGUUUGGGCAGUGGAUUUGCAUCAUGCAACUAUCAGCCUCAUACUCUCUCUACUGUUAUAAACAGUGAAUCAGGCAUGAGAAUUAAUGUGGAUGGCAGCGGAGAUGAGGUAUUCAAUUAUCCAUCAUCAAAUUUUAUGGGUCCGAACGAUUUCUUCAACGAUGGUACCUCUGUGUAUGUAGGCGGUGUUGGAGGUUCCUCUCCCGAUUUUCCAGCCUCUGUUGAGCAGAUGCCAUCGCUGAUUGGUUGUGUUGAAUUUGUUUCCAUCAAUGGAAUCACAGCAAACAUCGGAGAUACAACAGGGUCUGUGGGAGCUCAACAAGGGUGCUCUGUACUGUGA